CUGCAGAUGUUACACUGUUCAGAGACCAAGAGGCAAGAAGGGAGCCUACAAUGCCACUCUUGUCCUUGGUUGGAAUGGUGCUGCUCCUGCCAGCAUGUUUCUCUGAGUUGACCGGACCCGGGACAGUGUACGGAAUCGUAGGAUCAUCAGUUUCUGUGCCAUGCAGAUAUGAUCAAAAGUAUAAACAAAAUAUGAAAUAUUGGUGCAAAGAAGGUGACAGAAGAAAUUGUGCCCCAGUUGUUCAGACGAGAGGAUCAGAAUUGACAGUGAAGCUAGACAAAGCUUCCAUCACAGAUAACCACUCACUGAAUCAGUUCACAGUGACAAUGUAUGGUCUGGCCAACAGUGACACCGGCAAGUAUCACUGUGGGAUUGCUGUUGCAGGAGGCUCUGACCUGACAGUUCCUGUUAAUGUCACAGUAGUUCAUUCUGCAUCAGCAAUUCCAAAGAAUGUAAAAAAUGAGUUGAAUUGGAACACAGUGGAACACAGUGAGUUGAAUUUCAGUUACCUGAUGUAUGUGUCCUUUCUGGUUUCGAUUGGCUUGAAAAUACCCAUCUUCCUGUGUAUGCUCUUUUCAAUGAUCUGGAUGCAUAGAAGGGACAGACAGCACUCCAAAGAGGGGAUGUCACCAUGAGAGCUUGAGCUGCCACACUCUGGGAAAAUUUACAUGUCCUAUUUUGUUCAUCACAAUCCUAUUGUAACCACCGAGUCUGAAACAGACUUCACUUCAAUGAGGAAAGUCUGCUGUAACUGACCACCGAGCUGAAGCAUAAGAAUGCCUCUUUCCUUUCCAAAUAUUAAUUCAAAAUUCAGAGCAAGAAGAUACAGUCAGUGUAUGCCAAAUACAAUGGGCUUCCUUCUCACUCAACUGGUCAAGUCAGUGUAUGUUUCUCCAUUAUAAAAUCAUGGUGUCGAAGUAAUUGUGUUGCACUGAAAAUCCUUUCCCAAUUCCUCUCA